AUGGUGAGCAGGCAUCGUAAAACAGUGGACUUUAAGCUUUACGCAGUUAACGAUUCGGAAAUCAGCACAUAUGGCCGUCGGUCAGUGACGAUCGAUCUCGGUCUCCGUCGCAGAUUCACUUGGGAUUUCAUCGUUGCUAACGUCAGUCAACCCAUUCUCGGUGCGGACUUUCUCCAGCAUUUCAACCUUCUAGUCGACCUUAACCGCCGCAAGCUAUUAAACAGCACCACACAAUUAUCGGCCUCGGGGAGGGUAACCCACACUCCAACGCCUGCACUCUCUACAAUCAACGUGAAUGGCGAAUAUCACGAUUUACUACGCGAGUUCGUCGACAUAACCAACUCUUGUGUGCCUAAGAAAGGUAAACACGAAGUACAACAUUUCAUAGAAACCAAAGGCCCCCCGGUCGCCGAACCAGCACGAAGACUGUCUCCUGAGAAAUUGAAACAAGCGAAAGCUGAAUUCGGGCGUAUGCUCGAGCAGGGUAUUUGCCGCCCUUCUUCAGGUCAAUGGGCCAGUCCACUACAUCUCGUGCCCAAGAAGUUAAGAGAUUAUAGGAGACUAUAUGCGGAGACUACCGCCGAUUGA